GCAGAAGAUGCUGGUGUACUUCUGGGGGUUCCUGUACAGCAACUACUUUCGGUUCUGGCUGAAGUGGAUCUUGAGGCUGCUGACUCGGAGAUGCGAGUUACAGCGCGUCUUCGAUGGCUCGAAGGCAGGCGCGCGGCGGACGCUGAGCAUAGAACAUUCGCUGGAAUCGUCAAAGAAUAAGGUUUUAAGAAAUGCUGUACACGUUGAGGAAGCUGAAAUGGAGAAGUGUAUCAGAGAUGUAAUGAAAGAAAAGAAAAUUGAGCAGAAGGAUACAGGGUUUAAGACAAAUCUGCAUAUAUCCUUACUGCAGAUAUCAGGUUAUAAAAAACUUUAUCUGAAUGUGGAAAAUCUGAGGAAGGUCCCGUAUGAUUCGGAUAACGAAGAACAUGAGGAACAGUUAAUUGAGCUUUGGAAUUUGCUGAUGCCUCAUGAGAAUCUGAAGGCCAGAAUCACCAAGCAGUGGUGCGACAUUGGCUUCCAAGGUGAUGAUCCCAAAACAGACUUCAGAGGAAUGGGCCUGCUGGGGUUAGUGAAUCUGGUGUAUUUUAGUAAGCAUUACACCGACGAAGCUCGUCAGAUCCUUUCUCAUUCUAAUCACCCAAAGCUGGGAUAUUCUUAUGCAAUAGUUGGAAUCAAUCUGACAGAAAUGGCAUACAGCUUACUUAAGAACGGUGCUUUAAAGUCUCAUCUGUACAACGUAGUCUCUGGAUUGCCGCAGAUGGAGCACUUCCAUCAGUUUUACUGUUAUCUGGUUUAUGAGUUUGACAAGUUCUGGUUUGAAGAAGAACCAGAAAGCAUUAUGCACUUCAACCAGUACAGAGAGAAAUUCCAUGAAAAAAUUAAGGGACUUCUAAUGGAUUGUGAUGUGAUACUAACCUUACAAAAUACAAAGAAACCUUAACUCCUCUGCAGUCUAUGAGGUUCUGCAUCAAAAAUGGAAUUAUGCAUUUGGAUGGAAGUUUUGCAUGUUUCGGCAAAAACUGUUUAACAAUAGAACUAUUUUUUUUUUACAUUUAAAAAAAAAUAUCAAAAUUCAGUUAAGAAAGCUUGGACAAUCAACCUCUGUUUACAGGUCUUUAUAUGCUAUUCUCCAAAGGACAGCUUUUUAAAAAAGAAACAAAACAAAAAACAACCAACAAACCAACACAAAAACCAACCCACAAAUCUCAAGAGCCUCUGGACCACUUGCUUUCACAAUUUCUUUUAUACUCCUUGGUGCAGGAACAUGAAGCAGGUAUUUAUGCCGCAUCAUGUUUUCUGUGAAUAGGUUUGACUGUUAAUUGUCUUUUAAAAACUUCUUUUAGUUGAAAUUACUCUGGUUUUAGACUUUUUAUGUUCUUGUUCUGUACAUGUAGUCAAUUGUUCACUCAUCAAUGUUAAAUUUCUCUGUAGUGAAGAGGUCCACGAAGGGGAUGUAUUAGUCGCUUAUGAUUUUGGAGAGGAGGCUUAAUCCAUCAACAUACUGACAAACUUCCUAGAAAUUGCUUCUGGCUAAGGAAGCUUUUUUUAUCUAUGGAUUUGUACCAGCAAAUUCCUAUGCUUGGAAAAAGCUUAGUUUGCAAACGAACAAAAAGAACCACAAAUCAUCAGUGUGAGGAUCAGAUCCUCAGACUAAAGUUACUCCUUCUAAAAAAUACUCCUACUGUAAAAAUUCUCAAUUCUUUCUAAUUUGACUUCAGCUGCUCAGGCUGCUCAACUUUGUAUCUGUUGUCAGGCCUUUCUUUUAGCAGCUAAUGGGGUAUGCUCAGUGGGAAAUACAAGAGAGUUAGUUUAGCCCUUUUAUAAAGUUCACUCAUUAAAAACCUUUAUUGCAGCUGCAGUCCCUAUUUUGUGAAAAUAGAUUCACACCUGAGUGCAAGUCUCUAACAAAGAUGUAUUUUCCAUGGAAGGGAUGCAACUGCGAUACGUUCCUUAACAUUGGCAUCUUCAGACAAUCUAGUCAAUAGGACUUUAUAUCUAUAUUGUGACUAAUUACUGCUUAAAGCAACUUUAAACAGAUUUGGUAUGACCAUCACUUCGUUUUCUAAAAUCUGCUAUUAAAUAAGUGCCUUCUGCUUUACUCAAUCAGUGUUUUAUUUUGAUUCUGUAACCAGAUCAUAGCCUUAGAAGCUCGACUUAUUUGGGAAAGACUCUUUCAGUAUAUACCUAAAUAGCACACAGUGGCACAAAAUUUGUAUGCUAAUAGAAGCUUUCAUGCUUUUUUUUAAAUCAUCUCAGGUAAAUUGGUUAACUCCUAGUCAAUGACUAAUCAUGAAGAGAUUCCUGAAGAGUACAAAUAUUGAACACAAGAAGGAAAAAAGACAAACCCCUUUUUGUAAUGAGUGAUGUUACACUACAUAAGUAUUAAAUGUAUUAUUACAAUAUGGAGUGCUACAUCUCCUUGGAGAUAAUCAAAACCCAACUGGACGUGGUCCUAAGCAGCCUGCUGUAGGUCACCCUGCUUUGGGCAGGGCGUUGGACUAGCUAAUCUCCAGAGGUGCCUUCCCACCUCAGUAAUUCUGUGAGUCCGUAUCGUGUAACUAGUGACUUCUUGCACUGCAUCCACCCAAUUGCUCUUGAUCCCUUAAAUGUUGGUGAUCUCUUAUUUGUAGGAAAGCUCCUGAUCAGGGUAGACAGUAUAUAUGUAGGAGGUAACGCAGCUCUGUUUUCUUUUUGUGGUACCUUAGGUAUAGACGAGAGUUAAACAAUUCUUAAGUUUAACAUGUGCAAGGUGGAGAAGGGUUCAUCUCAUCUAUGUUGGGUUGAUGCUAUUCUACUAAAAAAGAAAAGGUAACGUGAAGAUGCUUGUAGGGAGAGUAGUUACGGUUAUGCCACGGCUUGUAAGCUGAACAGCUAAACUGACUAGAUUAGAUACGAAGCUGACCACAGGAAGCCUAGUUCUUUCGCUACUCCCAGGUACUUGGGUCCUGUAAUUUUCACCACUGAAAAAAGCUGAGGUCCUGUGGAGAGCGUUCUGAGAUUCGGGUCCUGCGGUGGAGCUCUGUGUCUCUGAGCCUUGUAGAUACUGGACAUUCCUAAAAUCUGAGGAGAGAAGUGGGAAGCGGACUCUUU